CGUGGUUGAAUCCGGUCUGAUCAAGUGGAAUGUCUGUAUGUCGUAAUGGCAGCUCCGGUGAAAAAACGCGAAAUUCAGCAAAAGACACGCGACGAGGAUUGCGUCUCGUCCAGCAGUGAAAAUGAAGAGUACGAAGUCGCUGAUGAGCAGGGAAUGGAGCUUCAAGUGGAUUUCGAAGGCCGUAAUCCACAGGAUCCAGACUAUCAUGGAAUCAAAACACUAUUGCAACAACUUUUUCUUAAAGCACAUAUUGACUUAGGCGGGCUCACUGAUUUAAUAAUAUCUCAGAAUUGCGUAGGGUCUGUUGUUAAACAGUCUGAUGAUGUAGAUGAAUCUGACGAUGACGAUGAUGUUAAUGAUGUGUUUGGUAUCACAACUGUCAUUAAUGUUUCGGACAAACAAAACCUUCCAUGUAUACAACAGCUUAGGGAUUUAUUGAAGCAAUUAGCAGAUGAGCAUGCAACAGAUGCAGUUAACACUAUGAUAAAAAGUGUUUUGGAGAAUGAUGCAUCGCAAUUGGGUUUACUUAUUAACGAGAGAUUUGUCAACAUUCCAGCCAAGAUUUCAGUACCCCUCCUUGAAAAUUUAAUUUCCGAAGUGAAACGUGCCAAUAACAGAAAGAUGCCAUUUAAUUUUUCCUAUUACAUACUUAUAUGUAAAUUAUACAAGUCAGAAGAUAAGAAAGUGGGGAAAAAGCCGAAAAACAAGAAUAAAAACCCCAGUGGUGAAUCAUCUGUAUUGUGGAGCAAUCCAGAGGAAGAGAUUUUUGCAGAAGAAGCAACCGUUAGUUUUGAAUUUUCUGUUGAAGAAGAAGCAGACAGUGGUUUAUCCGGAACGUGGACUGAAAAGGAUGAUGAAAUGGUACCUUAUAGACGAGUUCUUCUUUUCGAAGCUUCUAAACUGCAAUCCAUAUUUGGAAAAAUACAGAAUCAAUUUUCUUAAUUUUAUAAAUGGUAUAUAUUAAUAUUGGCAAAAUGGCGAAACUCCUUGCGAAACUUCCUCGCAAUAUGUGAACAGCACAUAUGCUUGUCAAAGACAACUAAUAUUUCUUGCGUACGAUGAUGUGCAACAAGCUUUUUAUAAUACAGCUUUUAUAUAACGCCUAAA